GUAUGCGGUCUUAACCACCGUUUUUGUGGGCGCCACGUUGGCUGAGACGCGUUUAGUUUGUCUCACGUUUUUCUUUCUUAACGGAACGUCUCCGUUAAAUCUUGUUUGGUUGAUUAACCAAUACGACGUCGUUUUUUAAGGUGGUGAUAAAAAAUAUUUAAACAAUUAAUUUUUCAAAUGGCUGCAAUUAGGCUACGUAAUGAAAGCCAAGGCGACCACACGUACUAGGUCCCACAAUCAGACAAUGAUAUAUGGCCCCCAAUGAAAGACGUCCACGUGUAGCAGCAUAAUCCAUGAGCUCCGUGAAAAAUAUCUCCCCUUCCACUCUGAAUAAGCCACGUAAGCAAGCUCCUCAUAUCUUUUCGUGCAUCUCCUCUCGCCACGUCGUCGCUUCGCCUCUUCAAGGUCUUACUUGUACGCUUCAUCAGCCGUCGAUUUAACCGGACCGCCUGUCCUGGCCGUCGAUCUUGUAGAAGAUAUAAGUUGUGGUCACCGUAAUUCGUACUUGAAUUUUUUUUUGUAUUAAAGCCUCCAACUCUGUAACAGCUGAACUUCUCUCGCCAAGAAUCCAGGUCGAUUCAGCCUUCUGGAGGAAAUCUCUCUCUGCAAAUACCAGAGUUUGGUGUUGUGGGAAAGUCUCAUAUUUCAGCUCAAAUCUCGGAGGAAGACAACUUGGGGCAUGGGAGUUGUGACUGUCUCGAGCUCAGCAGCCCGGUCUCCAUUGGGAUUGAUCAAAAAACUUUCGAGUAAUCAUUCUGGAUCAAGAUCAAGACCAUCAAUUGUUGCAUUCAAAGCAGAUAAAUCGAAUAGCACAGCUUUGAUUUUGCCCCAAGAACAAAUCUUGUUGCCUGUAGAAGCACCUAAGAAGCAGCAAAAGAGACUCAGAAAGUCUAGCAAAGUUUUGAAAAAUGUAAAAGCAGUGUCCACCGAUGAGGCUUCUCCAUGUAUCUUGGAUGUUGACUACAACGAGGCUGCAGCUAAACUUGAGAGUAUAUACAAGCUUAGCCCUUCUACUAAAACUUCUGAUGUGGGAGACGUAGAUAGUAUGCCAAGGAGAGAGCGGAGGAGGAGGAGGAGGAUUAGUGGAGAUGAUGAUAAAGCAGAUAAUGAAAUUGGUAGUUUUGUGGUUAGGAACCCGGCUAAGAGGGCUAAAAGAUUGAGUCUUGAUAAGAGGAUUGCUCUGGGAAGGGACAAGAAUGAGAGAAAGGUGGCUGCAUUUUGGAAGAAAAGUGAUCGGAAGAAUGAGAAUGAGAAGAUAGAGGAGCUUGUGAGGGAGUAUUCGGCUUCGACUGAUUUGGUGAGCUUGGACUGGAAGAAAAUGAAGAUACCUCCAGUUUUAUCUUCCACUGAACAUGCUUGGUUGUUCAAGUUGAUGCAGCCUAUGAAGGCACUCCUUCAAGUGAAAGAGGAAUUGGAGAAGAAUCUCGGACAUGAGCCAACUGAAGGUGAAUUAGCCAAGGCAACGAAUAUGAAUAUUGUUCAAGUUAAAAAACAGAUGGAGAUUGGUAGAGCUGCAAGAAACAAGCUCAUUAAGCACAAUCUCCGGCUCGUGUUGUUCGUAAUCAAUAGAUACUUUCAAGACUUUGCAAAUGGAUCAAGAUUCCAAGACCUCUGUCAGGCUGGAGUUAAAGGUCUUAUUACGGCAAUUGAUCGUUUUGAACCAAAGAGGAGAUUCCGGCUUUCCACCUACAGUUUGUUUUGGAUUAGGCAUGCCAUUAUACGUUCCAUGACUGUCUCGAGCUUUACCCGCGUCUCGUUUGGACUUGAAUCGGUUAGAGUAGAAAUUCAGAAAGCCAAACUCGAGUUGUUGUUUGAGCUUGGAAGAUUACCAACCGAUGAUGAGAUCAUAAAAAAAGUUGGAAUUUCCCCGGAAAGGUACCACGAAGUAAUGAGAGCUUCGAAACCAGUUUUUUCUCUCCAUUCGAGGCAUGCUGUCACACAAGAAGAGUUCAUUAAUGGGAUUACAGAUGUUGAUGGUGUCGGAAGUGAUAGUCAGAGGCAAUCUGCUCUUCUUAGGCUGGCUCUGGACGACGUGCUUGAUUCUCUGAAGCCUAAAGAGAGCUUGGUAAUAAGACAAAGAUAUGGUCUUGACGGAAGAGGUGACCGGACGUUGGGAGAAAUCGCGGGAAACCUAAAUAUUUCAAGAGAGAUGGUAAGGAAGCAUGAAGUUAAGGCUUUCAUGAAGCUCAAGCAUCCAACUCGAGUGGAUUAUCUUUGCCGAUAUAUUGUCUGAAAAACCAAACAGGACCUUAUCCCAUGCUUGUCAUUUGUUUAUAAUCAUUUUGAUUUUGAUUAGAUGAACAAAAUUCUCAUACACCAUGUAAUAUAAAGCUGAAAUGAGCUCAACAUAUAGCUACAAUCGUUAACUAUACUUGUAUAAUGUAUACAUCUUCUUCUCUUGUUUAUAAUAUACGGUACUAUCUUAUACA